AUGGCAGGUGUGCCACAAGGUAGCGUCCUAGGACCUCUCCUCUGGAAUGUCUGCAUCAGCGACCUUCAUGUUAUCCCACAGGCGAAAGAUUUUACAGACAUCACCCUUUUGGACAGUUAUGAUAAGGAGGACGAAGCAACAGCUGUGUCCAGGAUGAAUGGACGCCUGAACGACAUUGUGAGGAGCAAUCGCACCUCACAAGUCCCAGUUAAGUCUACGCACACGGUCGGUUGUGAAGAAGGCUGGCAGACCUUCGGCGACUAUUGCUACUGGUAUUCCAACACUGACUAUUCGUACUACACUCUCACGUUCAGCGAAGCGAGAGACGACUGCAAGAGUAAAGGGGCAGACAUGGUGUCCAUUCAUUCACAAGAAGAGAAUGAGUUUGUUUACUCUCUCGUUGCGGAUGGAUGUGCAACUUCCGCUCAUAUUCAGAGACACCUUAAACGGACCGCCGGACCGGCCUCUCACGCCCGUCAGCCAAUCACCGUUGGCCUCUCACGCCCGUCAGCCAAUCACCGUUGGCCUCUCACGCCCGUCAGCCAAUCAUCGUUGGCCUCUUGCGCCCGUCAGCCAGACAUCGUUGGCUCCGGCUCGCGAAAGCCCGACGUGAUUGGCUGGCGGGCGCGAGAGGCCGCGGGCUACUACUAUAGUACGUGGCUAGGCCUAUCCGACGAGGGACAUCCUAGUGAGCUUACGUGGGUAGACAACACCGCCGUUACUUUCACCAGCUACGAGCAAAUGGACUAUUAUCCCAUCUACUCGACGCCCGCUUGCGGAAUCAUCGACUUUGCGGCUUACACAGCGCAGUCGUGGGGCGUCGAAGAUUGUUCUGAUUACAAUUUCUACGUGUGUAAGAAGCCACAGGAAUCGACGCCCAUUAACCCGCCUUCUAAUGGGUGCAAAGAUUGUCCUCGCGACCCGAAAACAAGAACGAAGGAACUGAACGCUAAGAAGCUCAGAAGUGAGGCCAAGGAAAAGACACUCGGGCAAUUUAAGCUCGAGGAAUUCAACGCCAGGAAACAUGAAGUGAAUAAAGUCUACUCCAGAGGAGAGACCCCGAAAGAAGUCAACGUAGAGAACGUGGAGGAUCUCGACGCUGAGGAAGAGGAACUGAAGGAACGCCGCGCCAAGGCACAAGGACCCCCGGAGGACCACGAAACCACGCCCCGCCUCGCCCCCAAAACCGAAUCCAAGAGCCCCCUCCUGAUCCGCAAACCCCGAUCCCUCCCCCUCCCCCUCGACACCACCCACACAGUCCCUCCCCCCGACGCCCCCGACAGGUCCAAGCGCCCCACCUGGCUGACCUCCCACGAGGACGACGCCCCCUUCACCUCCACCAACUUCCACUCGCGCUUCAGGAACCAGCAGUGGAGCAAACACACGCUCCGGUCGUACCAGCAGCAGCAGCAACAGCAUCACGACCGCCGAGCCAACUGGAACGCGAGGAUCAAGGCGCUGCUGCAGAGGACGACCCAGAAGCCGGUCGUGAAGGAGAUCAGCGGAAUCCAGCUGGGGCUCCCGAAAUCCACCGCCGAGUCGUUCACGCUUUCGUCGAGUGAUGGGGAUGGUGGGGACAGGAGGGAGGAUGGUGGCGAUGGUGGUGAUGGGGAUGGAGACGGGACGGAAGCUCCCGAGGAGGGGGAGGAAGAAAAGGGGGAAGAAGAAGGAGGAGGAGGUGUAGAAGAUGAAGAAAGAGGAGGAGGGGGAGAGGAAAAAGCAGAUGAUGGAAAAGGAGAUGGAAAAGUAGGAGGAGGAGGAAAAACCACUGUGGAUCCGUCAACCACAGCGUCUCUCGAAACCCACAAUACGACUUCAGCCAAACCGACGGAAACCACCCCUCUCCCGACCACCCCGACAUCAACGAAACCCCCUAAGCCCCCGACAUCACCGACUCCAACAGCCCCUCUCACGCCCGUCCCUUCGUCGCCCGCGCCCACCACCACCACCGCCAACCGAACCGAGGUCACCGACGCCCCGACAACGCCGAAGCCGCCGCCGACAGGAUGCAAUCGGACCGAUGUCGCCUACAAGGGGUCCUGUUAUUUGUUCCCUGGUCUGACCCACUCUUGGCAAGACGCUAAGGGUGUUUGUGAGACGAGCAACAGUCACCUUGUCGUCCUUAAUGACAGGCUGCCCCCUCACCCACGACCCGGAGCUGUCAGCUACCUGGGCGAGCUGGGCGAGCGGGCCUGGAUCGGCAUGUCUGGCGCCGCGGCGGACGACGGCUCGGUCACAUUCAGCUGGGUCAACGGCGAGGCGGUCGAGUUCACCAACUGGGCGGAGUACGAGCCGGCGCCCACCCACGGCACCUGCGUGGCUGCGUCGGGGAGGCUGGAGACGCCCGGCCUGUGGGAGGUCAGGGACUGCAACGACAACUUCCAGUAUGUGUGUGUUCAAGGAGCCGAAGACGUGGGGCAUGGCGGAAGGAACCUGCAACUCCUACGGAGCCUUCCUGACCAGCGUAGGAAGCGCGGAGGAGCAAGGGUAUCUGCAGAGCCUUCCCGGCAUCAGCAGCAUCAGUGGGGAUUUUCUCUCGAUUUGGGUCGGAUUCCAUCUUGCUGCGGAUUCAGGGUAUUACUGGACAGAUGGCUCAGCAGCGGAUUACGUCGACUGGGCAGUUGGUCAGCCGGACAGCCAUCUGGGGAGGGAAGGCUGCGUGCUGGUGGAUAAAGUGACGUUCAAGAUGUCCGAUUCCGUUUGCGAGACGUUCCAGCCGUUCAUCUGCGAGGCGGCGGAAGGCACCAUGCUGACGACCCAAGCCCCGCCCACCCAGACCCCGGAUGUGCCCUGCGACGACGACCCCUCGUGGCUCCUCUUCAACGACUACUGUUACAAGUUCAUUUCCGAGGCCGACGAAGCCCCGCAGACGUGGUGGUCGUCGCACAGGCUGUGUCGCAACGAAGGGGGGGAGCUGGCGUCGAUUCACACUUUCGAGGAGAACUAUUGGAUCGUGUCGAAGAUCUACAACAAGACUGACCAGACGCUGUGGAUCGGUGGGCGGUCCAAGCUGGACAGCAGUUACGAAUGGCUGGAUGGCUCCGUCUUCGACUUCAUAAACUGGGCCGAGGGCGAACCGAACAACUUCUUGGACCAAGAGGACUGCAUCGGCAUGUACACGCGGGCAUCCGGGUACUGGAACGACCAGAACUGCGCCCACACCGAGGGGCGUAUCUGCAAGCGACCCCACCACGCCACGCUGCCCCCCGCCCAGUCGACCGUCGCUCCCGAGGGCCACUGCCCGUCGGGGUGGCUGCAUGUCGGAUCGAAAUGCUUCAAGUUCUUCACGGAGAGGUUGACCUUCGACGAUGCCCGAACGGCUUGCCAAGCGCAGGGGCCUGGCGUGGACAUGAUCAGCGUUCAUUCGUCCAGUGAACAAGCCCACCUGUCCGCCGCCCUUGGCCAGAUGCAGGUCAACACGUGGCUGGGGAUGCGGAACGAGCGCGGCUUCCACUGGGUCGACCAAUCAGCUGUGACCUACACCAACUGGGCGCCGGGAGAGCCCAACGGCCACUACUAUGGGUCCUGGGGACCCGGCGAAGACUGCGUGGAAAUGCUCACCCACAACCGCGCCGGCCAGUGGAACGACGCCAACUGCCUCAUCCGCCACGCGUUCAUUUGCCAGAGGAACAUGGACCCGAACGUCGGCACCCACAGCCCCCCGCCGACGUGCGCGCCACCACUCGACAACUAUCUGAACUACAGUGGAUCAUGUUACAAACUUGUUUCAACUCCUACUUCCUGGCAGGACGCCGAGGACGCGUGCGUGAGCGAGGGCGCGCACCUGGCCUCCGUGCAGCACGUGUCUGAGCAGUCCUUCCUGUGGGUGCUGGCGCUGGACACGGGCGUCGAGGACAUGUGGAUCGGGCUGAACAAUCUCAAGGACAAAGUGCAGUACCGCUGGUCCGACGACUGGCCGACCAUCUACACGAACUGGGCCAAGAACGAGCCCAACACCAACCAGACGGACUACAACUGUGUGAGGCUGAGCGCCAUCAAAGACGGGUCGUGGUACAGCGAGCUCUGUACCGAGAAGAGGCCUUACGUCUGCAAGCACAAGGAUGGACGUCUACAAGCACAGGGGCGGGAGACUAUGAAGCUCAUUAAGUUUGAAGAAGAGUUGUCCCGUGCCCCCCCCGACCCCCCAGCCACGGGAAGGUGUCCGGACGAUCGCUGGCUCAACCUUGGCGGCGGCUUCUGCUACCUCGUCGUCGAAUCCGCCAAGCCGUGGAAUGACGCGAGUAUGAAAUGCGUGCAGGAAAAUUCCCACCUCGCCUCGAUCCACUCCCAGCAAGAAAUGGAUCUGAUAACGAUGGCGACCCACAAGUUCAGGGAUCCGCUGUGGAUCGGCUUGGUGCAGAAGACUAGCGGUUAUGGGUGGAGUGAUGGCACUGGCUUCGACUACGUUAAUUGGCAAGACGGCGAACCGAACAGCGAAAGCGAACAAUGUGCCGAAUUCUAUCCCGGAUCUGGGAAUUGGAACGAUGCCGAUUGUUCGAACACGAGAGCUUUUAUUUGCAAGGUCUUAAAGAUUCAAGAUGUUCAACCGACGAACCCGACCGUUAAUCCGCCUCCGCAAUAUUCCACGUGGAAACCAGGCCCGAGCUCCCUGAAUGCGAGGCAUCUCGGCAUCGUCAUCGCCGUCCUGUUCGUAGUGGCUGGCGUCGGCUUCGUCGGGGUGACGUACAUGAAGAGGAAGCCGAAGCCAGUGUCGAAUAACGGCGCCUACAGUUUCGACAACGCUCUGUAUUCCGAAAGCUACGACGGCGCCGGGAGCGUGACUGUGGGCAGCCCGUCAACCGCCGUCAACUUCGGGAAUCAGUCACUCGACACCGACGCUUAGGGGCGGGGCAGUCUUAUUAAGCCAUACCCCUUCACCCCCCCCCACCCGGAGCAGUCUUUUGUUUCUUCUCUAUUCUUGUGACUUUAUUGUUGUAAGGGCGGGGCGAAGGAAGAAGUAUUGUGGGAGGAGCUGGUUUUGGGGUUUUGAUAUAUUUCGAUAUUUUUUGGCAGUGAUAUUGCUGUUAUUAUUGUUAUCGUUGUUAUCAGCAUUAUUGUUAUUAUCAUAGUUAUUAUUAUCAUUACUAUUAUCAUUAUUAUUAUUAUUUUUUAAUCAUUAUUGUUACCAAAUAUAUAUCUAUCUAUCAUUAUUAUUAUUAUUAGUAGUAGUAGUGUUACUGCUGAUACUACUUUGUUAUAAUUGGUUCUGUUGUAACUAUGUAAUUAUUUUUCUCUGGAUUACCUUAGAUUUUUUAUUAAAUGAUUUCGCUUUUUGUAUAAUACCAUCUCCGUAGUGCAUUUUCAAAAGGCAUGAGAGAAGAAACAAAGUUUUAUAUAUAAGAAAUGUUUAUAAUACAUUCCAUGAUUGUUUUUGUUUUUUUUGUAAACGGAGUCAACUUAAAGGUUUUGGUAAUAAAACCUUAAACAGUAAUAAUAACAUUACAGUUGUUAUUAUGUAAUAGUGCAGGAUACAGCAAAACGUUCAUUCCCAGUAGUAAAAAAACAAAAAAACAACUAAUAGGACUUUUGUCUUUAGUUAUAGUUCAUUAUGUGUUAGUUUAGUUAAGUAAUGAUUGACUGAAAGAUCUGAUUUUUUUUUAGUAGUUUUUGUUUGUUUGUUGUAAUGUAAUCUUCGCCAAGUAAAUAUAAGGAACGAUCUGA